CAACCACAUAAAGAACGUCCGCGGAUACUAGGACUCAGCCAUCGUCCUGUCUAAAGCAUGUAAACAAAACUCAAUUAAGGCUCGUCCCCACCUUGUGUGUGAAAUGAGUGCGCUUCUUAUAGUGUCAUCACCAAGUGGUCUCGCAAGGAUUUAAAGUGCAUUAAAACCAUUUAGACGAGCUGCUAAGGUGCUAGAAUUGAUUUUCUCUACAAAGUUGCCCGAAAUCACGCUAUCACAUUACAAUGUCUGAUUGUUCAAGCCCUUAUUCGCAAUGGAAGAGAAACUGAUGGAAAGUGAUUCGUGCUAAAAGUAUCUGUAGACGAAAUUCAACAUUUAAUUGUAAUCACAAUUGAGAAAGGAAUUUUUUAUGUGAACAUCUUCGAAUGGAGAGCGUGGAGACCAAACCUUGAACCAUUAACUUAAAAGCAUGGAGAAGCUAUCCUGUGAAAGCCUAUUAGGAUAACGAAGCUAGAAAAAAUUUAAGGUGAAAAGAAUCAGAAUGUCCAAUAUAAGAACCUUCAAGGAUAAUUAUGCACGACCAGCCUUUUGACUUAGAUACUGAAUUUGAACCCAUAACAGUAUUAGUCACACUUCAAGCCUGGAUGCAUUAGAAUUUGGGAUAUAAAGCCAUGGGCGAAUCAGAUAGCGAAGACAGCGACGGAGAGGGAGGACUAGGUAAUGUCAGUCGAGUUAUCAUUCGUCCUCCAGGACAUAGUGGGAAAGCAAAACGAGGUCAUCUUUGUUUCGAUGCAGCCUUUGAAACAGGAAAUCUAGGCAGAGCAGACUUAGUGGGCGAAUUUGAAUAUGACUUAUUUUUGAGGCCGGAUACCUGUAACCCCCGUUUCCGAUUCUGGUUCAAUUUCACAGUUGACAAUGUAAAACAGGAUCAGCGAGUGAUUUUUAACAUAGUUAACAUUAGCAAUUCAAGAAAUUUGCUGAACUCAGGAUUGACCCCAUUGGUGAAAUCUACCGGACGUCCCAAAUGGCAGAGAUUGCCGAAGAGUCAUGUAUUUUACUAUAGGUCAGCUACUCAUCAGAAUCACUAUGUCCUGAGUUUUGCAUUCGCGUUCGACAAGGAGGAUGAAGUCUAUCAGUUUGCUAUCUCUCCGCCCUAUAGCUAUUCGAGGUUACAAUCAUAUCUGAAUGUUUUGGAAACGAAAUUUCCUGGAAAUUUAUAUGAGAGGAGUUGUUUGGGAAGAUCUUUGCAAAAUCGAAAAUUAGACUUGAUAACAAUCGAUCAUGUGCCGAAACCAGAUAAAUUAGAUAGCAAAACAUUUCUACGUGUAAUUGUGGUUCUAGCUAGAACUCAUCCAGGAGAGUCUCCUUCAUCAUUUGUAAUACAAGGGCUGGUGGAAUUCCUUUUAGGAAGUCAUCCCAUAGCAAACAUACUGCGUGAGAACUUUAUAUUCAAAAUCGUUCCAAUGGUGAACCCAGACGGAGUCUUCUUAGGCAAUAACCGUUGUAACCUAAUUGGUCAGGAUUUGAAUAGAGCUUGGCAUUUGGCUACUGAGUUUUCACAUCCAACACUCGUGGCUAUCAAAAAUUUGAUGAUGGAAAUUGAUAACUCAGACUACUAUCAGAUUGAUUUUGUGUUCGAUAUCCACGCACAUACCAGCCUUUUUGGAUCAUUUAUCUACGGAAACACCUAUGAUGAUGUAUAUCGCUACGAACGACAUUUGGUCUUUCCAAGGCUCUUUGCAAUGAAUGCUCACGACUACAUAGGGUCAAAUGUGAUGUUUAAUGCCGAUGAUCGGAAAGCGGGGACUGCACGCAGAUUCAGCUGCGAACGUUUGACGGAUACGGUAAAUGCAUAUACCAUAGAAGUGUCCAUGGGGGGAUAUUACCUAAAGGAUGAGAAGACAGUGACUCCCUAUACAGAGGAUGGAUAUAUGCGUUUAGGUCGCAACAUUGCCAGAACUCUCCUGCAGUACUACCGAUUUACAAAUGUUCUACCAGUUCCAACUGUCCCCGAACUUCGUUCAAAACGCAAUCGGCCUAAAACCCAUCACGGACGUGGGCGGUCGAAAGUCCGAUAUGAAAUCAAACCAAGGCCAAAAACAACUCGUCCUUACGCUCCAAUAAGUUACACAGACCUCUCAAUUUACUAUGAAAGCGGAACAUCUGACGAAGGAUCUCCUCCCCGGCAUCCGACUUCUAAUUCAGGAUAUCGUUUCGGUAAGAGGUCAGCAGGAGUAGUUCAUCAAAUGCAUGACCAAUUCUCUUUGCUGUCGGUGAAGUCAUCGAAAAUCGAACAGAUUGAGCCUAGAAACGACAUCUUUUCACGGAAAAGUAGCAGCAAAUUGCCGAUUCUUCAGGAAAGAUAUGGAUAUAGAAAUGUUGAAACCUUGAAUGUUCCUCCGAAACCAUAUUUGUCCAUAAUCGAUUUCAAUCAAUUGACUAGAGGAAGUUUAGAAAAGGCAACAGCCAAAUGCAGGGAGAGGAUAAGUAGACCGAAGGAUCGAAUGAGGAAUUAACUUGAAAUUAAAAUCGAGUGCCUAAAUAGGCCGAAAUUCAACACUUCGGUGGAUAUUCUCUAGUUAGGAAAGUUCAAAAUUUAUUCAUGAAUCUCUAUUUUAUAUUACCUCUUUCCGCUUUAACUUAUCUCAAAGUUUUCAUAAUAAUAUAAAAAUAAAUUCAAAAACGUU